AUGAGGAGGAGUGAUAGACGCGGGGAUGGGACGGAUGCAAAAUUGAAAAUAGGCACAACGGAUGGUGGCUGUGGAGCGGAGAUCGGUGGUCACGCACGUCAUUUGGAUGCUCUCUCGUCCCCGCCUCCAUCGACUGUGCAGAGUUGCUGCACCUCCGCCAUCCUGGCUGUCCCACCAAACCCGCGCACCCGGCUGCGCACAAAGGUCGCUGCUCUCGUCCGCUUCAGGCGCCCGGCACGUGUUCCCUCGUCUCCAUCACUCCCAGACACUGUGCCUCACCCAGAACACGCGAGCAUCGUCCCGCCAGCUACCGCCCUCUCCGCCGCAUCCCUCCCAGACACCCACACCCCGGCACCCAUGACCCAGUACUCCUCACCCUCCCCACCGCCCACGAAGCCCAAUCUCAAGGCCUGGUGGCGCGGGUUCACCUUCGUCCAGGGGGCAAAGCGCCCUCCGCCAGACACAACCACCCCCUACAGACCACACGACACGGCCGAUCACCCCGUCUUCGGCAAGUCCCUCAACGACAGCCUCACCUACGCCUCCGUCCAGAUAUCCACCGCAAACGCCAACGGCGACCUCUACGUCUGGGGCUACAUACCUGUCGUCGUCGCAAAGUGGUUCGUGCACUCCUCGCCUGCCCACACCGUCCAAGUUAACGUUCCCAACAGCGGUCUGUAUCUGAAGGAAAACGGUUGGUCGUCCCCGCCUCACUCCCCUGUCUCUUCCCUUACCCAACCCGCCGCAGCAACUGAAGUCCCCGGCACCUUUCGCGUCAAUGGCUCCAACAAGCGAAUGCGCGAUCUCCAGGCGGCUUUCGAGACUCCUCCCAGAUACGGCAAAUCGCUCGACUGGAGGCAAGAGACCUACACCACACACGACGUAGCCAGCGUCUUUCGGAGAUACCUCACCCAGAUGCCUGAGCCUGUUAUACCCUACGACAUGUACCAUCUCUUCCGUGACGCCCUCUCCAAAACACCCUUCAACCACGAAGAGACCGUAUCAACCUUCAAGUCGCUCAUACGGCGAAUGCCUAGACCGAACCAGUACCUCCUACUAUACGUGCUCGACCUCCUCUCCGUCUUUGCGAGGAAGAGCGACAAGAAUUUGAUGACUGCAACCAACCUCGCAGUGAUCUUCCGUCCCGGCAUCCUCUCACACCCCGAGCACGAGAUGUCGCCCGCAGAGCACGCCCUCAGCCAGCGCGUCCUCGAGUUUCUGAUCGCGCAGCAGGAUUGGUUUAUGUUGGAUAUCUCUCCGCCGCCCGAGACGGGGCCUGAUUCGACGAGUGGGGGUGGUGGAGGCGGCGGAGGAAGCAGACACGGGCAUGGAGGCGGUGGAGGAGGAGGACAGGGAGGGGGUAAACGGAGGGAAGGAGGCCCUAGUAGGAGGGGUACGGGGGAUAGUGCCGGUCCUGGUACUUCUGGUGGCGCUGGUGGUGCCUCUGGUUCUGCUGGAGGUACAUCCGCAGGUGCAGGUGGAAAUGUGGCGGCACUGGCACUGGGCACCCAGAGGAACGCAGAAGCAGGCCCGUCGAGGAAGCGGGUGGGCAGUCUGCCAGCGCCUAUAGCGCCGAUGAGCACCCCGGUGGGGAUAUGGGGCCAACCGCAGACGCCGGCUCAGCAGGUUAUCGCCCAAGCUCAAGCUGCGAGCUCGAAUCCGAACCGACAUGGAGGCCAGCUGACGGAGAACAUAUCCCCGCCGUCGUCUGCGCCGCCCUCGCCCACCGUCCCUGGGUUUCCUGGCGGUCGUGCUCAGAGUCAUGCGCAGAGGCAGUCGGGCCUGAGUAGUGGGAGGAGGUCUUCGCCGCUGGGCACGAGCCGGAAUCCCCAACACCACCAGCACCAGCACGGGCAUGGCCAGCCGCAUAGGCCCGGGCACCAGAGGACGACCUCGAGCCAGACGCACCCGCAGACGAAUGCUGGUACGUCGACGCAGUAUUACCCACCGAUAUACGCUGCGCUGCAUACGACGUCGCCUGAACCUCAAGCAGAAUCCCAAUUCCAUUCGCAACGCCCAUCCCUACCGCCACCUCCACAAGCACACAUCCAACCGCCCCAACCGUUCUCCUCGCUCAAUUCCCGACCUCUUCCAUCGGGCGCCUCCGACUUUUCCUCGAUCAUGUACGUUCCCGCUGCCAUCCCUUCGCGCCCUUCGCAUCCUUCGCACCCUUCCAAUGCCCACUCCUCAUCCCUACCCCUACCCCUACCCCAACCACCAACACUCACUUCGCCCUCUUCCAUUGACGUAGAGAUGGAGGACGACGCCCUGUCCAUAGGCUCCGGGUGGAGGUUGAUCGGGUACGCCCCUACGCCUGCCGCUGACGGUGUCAAACCGAAACAUCCUCUCGGCGGGCUGGGUGUGGGCUAUGGAGGUGGGUACGGCACCGCGGUCGGUGGGGGUGGGUUCUUGAAGAUGGGCAAGGAGAAGCCUGUGCUGAGAGGUAUGGACAAGGAGAAAGACGACAAAGAGAACAAGGAGGGCAAGGAGAGGGAGGCUAGAGAGAAGGAGAAGGAGAAGAAGGAAUUGAGGAUGGUGAGGAGAAGAACGACAGCUGCCCACCCAGGCUCUGAGCUCGCGCUCGUGGCGCCCAUACUCGAGGACGCGCCGUCCUCCUCCACUGCGACUGGUGCUAGUGCUACUGGUGCGAGUGGGUCUGGAGUGAGUGUGCAGCGCAGCCGGACGUUGCCUUCGAGGAGGAAAGGAGGGCUGGACGAAGGUGGAGGUGUGGAGGGAGGGGGGUCGCCUAACCUCCAGGGGCAAGGAGUGCAAGGGCAAGGACAAGGGAGGGGCCAAGGGCAGAGGGAGAAGAGGGUGCUGAAGAAGCAGAGGAGGGCGUCGACGCAGACGGGCUCCGAGAGGGAGAAGAGCCCGACGACAACGCCGAUACCGGCGCCUCGGACGUUAGGAUGGACGGCGGGCAUGGGAGGAGGAGCGGGGGCGGGAUCGUAG